GUUUUGUCUAACAACUAUAGACCAGCCUUCAAACUCAAGGUUUUAGAAGUCUCGGUAUCAUUAUUGGAUAGCUUAGUAUGUUGGCUAGAUAGAUUAGUUGAUGUUAGUAUUAGAACUACUAG